GUGUGGGCAAUGGACAGUCUGGCUGUUUUCGCGAGAACAGCCAAGGCUGUCGUAGGGAAUGCUGGAAACUGAGUUCUGGUUCAACCUAGUUUCGAAAUGUGUGUUUCUGUGAUAAAACCUGGUUGUUAGCUGGUAUGACUUUAACUUCUAGUUUGAAGUAAGCUGGGCUAAGUGAAUGGCAGCUUACCACUUUGUCUGAAGCCAUCGUUAACUCAGCGGUAACAUUUAGCGUCGUAGUAUCCUGCGACAAAACAACGUUGGAGGAAAGCAUAGUUUAACGUUAUUACAGUUGUGUGAACGUUACCCUCGUAUGUGGUAACGAGGGUCUUGGAUUUCAGAACAUAAAUUGACAUGGCGGGCGUUACUCUCCAGAGCACCUCCCUGAGAGGCCUGGCCGAGGGGGACAUCUUGGACCCGGCGUUCCAGCAGCGCUUGGAGGAUGCGCGAGGGCUGCUGCGGCAGGAGAUCCAGCGCGAGCUGAAGAUCAAGGAGGCAGCAGAGAGGCUACGGCGGGCCGUCAGUAACCGCAAGAGCGCUGCCGAUGUGGACGGCCAGUUGCGUGCCUCCAGACGCAAGCUGGAGCAGCUGCACUGGGAGUUACAGGAGCUCAAUGCCCGAGCCAUGGCCACCGAGAAGGACAACCCUACCAUUGUAGGUGAUGUCACAUCACCUGACCCUUGUCGCUGGGAGGAGAUCACAUCCCCACUCGCUGGCCGUAUCCAUGCCCUCCAGAAGCAGCUCACCAUCGAGACGAAGGUGAAGCAAGGAGCUGAGAACAUGAUCCAGACCUAUGCCAGCAGUUCAGUCAGAGACCGUAAGAUGUUGUCCACGGCCCAGCAGAUGCUGCAGGACAGCCGCACCAAGAUCGAGCUGCUCCGCAUGCAGAUCAUCAAAGUCACCCAGGCACGAGAGGGGGAGCGCGAGGCGGCCGACCCAGAAGAUUCCCCCGUCACUCCCUUGGAACUGCGGGUGGAGGAGCUCCGGCACCACCUGAAGAUCGAGGCGGCCGUGUCCGAGGGCGCCAAGAACGUGGUCAAGCAGCUGGGGGGACGCAAGGUGCAGGACCGACGAGCACUGGCCGAGGCCCAGGCUCGUCUGCAGGAGUCGUCCCAGAAGCUGGACCUGCUGCGUCUGUCUCUGGAGCGGCGUCUGGGCGAGCUGCCGCCGGACCACAGCAAGCGCACCGCCAUCAAGGAGGAGCUCACCCUGGGCGCCUCGCCUUCCGUGGGCCUGCAGAGGGACCGCGUGCACUCCACCGUCUCCUCUUCAUCAACAACAUCAUCAUCAUCCUCUUCUUCUUCCUCGUCCUUCUUCAAGCCAGCCUCUCUGACGGGUCGUUUGGAGGUCAGGCUUAUGGGCUGUCAGGACCUGCUGGAGUCGGUGCCUGGCCGCUGUCGGGUUCCUAGCCUGGUGUCGUCUGGCAGCCCCUCGGAGGCCAAGUCCCUGAAGAUCCGCUCGGGCCUGUCUGGACGCAGCACCAACGGCAAGACCCUCAAGAGCGAUGAGCUCUCCACGGAGAUCAGUGCCAUGGUUAAGGUGGACAACAGGAUGGUGGGGCGCACACACUGGAGGCCAAUCAGUAAGGAGUGCUGGGACCAGAGCUUCAGCAUCGAGCUGGAACGGUCCCGUGAGCUGGAGAUCGCCGUGUACUGGCGGGACUGGCGCGCCCUGUGCGCCGUCAAAUUCCUGCGGCUGGAGGACUUCCUGGACAACCAGCGGCACGGCAUGUGUCUGUACCUGGAGCCGCAGGGCACCCUCUUCGCCGAGGUGACCUUCAUAAACCCUGUGAUUGAGCGCCACCCAAAGCUACAGAGACAGAAGCGGAUCUUCCCCAAGGAGAAGGGGAAGAACUUCCUGCGCGCGGCUCAGAUGAACAUCAACUUUGCCACGUGGGGCCGUCUGAUGAUGAGCGUGCUCCCGCCCUGCAGCAGCAACAUCACGGCCCUGAGUCCGCCGCUCUCGGGGCCCGACGUCACCUCGCCGCCCGCCAACGGCAAGACGGCCGUGUCCACGCCACCCCCGCUGGGGGAAUCGACCGUGGUCAAGCUGAAUUUCAGUGAAGAGAGGCCACCCAAACCACCGCGCCUUCACACGACAAAGACGCCGUCUGCAGACACUCCAUCUCAGCUGAAUUCCAAAGUAAACUCAACAGAGGACAACUACAUAUCUAAAGUCAGACCUACACCUCAACCUGCUCCUAGGAAGAAGGUGGGAAUGCAGAUAGAAGAUUUUAAUUGCAUCUCAGUUCUUGGCCGGGGACACUUUGGAAAGGUCCUACUGGCAGAGUUUAAGAGGACCGGGAAACUGUACGCCAUCAAAGCCCUGAAGAAGGGUGACGUUGUAACAAGAGACGAGGUAGACAGUCUAAUGUGUGAGAAGCGGAUCUUUGAGACAAUCAACGUGUCGCAGCAUCCGUUCCUGGUGAACCUGCACGGCUGCUUCCAGACCGGCGAUCAUGUGUGCUUUGUGAUGGAGUAUUCCCCCGGGGGAGACCUAAUGACUCACAUCCACACAAACAUCUUCACCGAGCGCCAGACCCGGUUCUAUACUGCCUGUGUGCUGCUUGGGCUGGAGUUCCUGCACCAGAACAAAAUUGUUUACCGGGACUUGAAGUUGGACAACCUGCUGAUGGAUGCAGAUGGCUUUGUGAGGAUUGCUGACUUUGGCCUGUGCAAAGAAGGUAUGGGUCAUGGGGACCGCACCUCCACCUUCUGUGGCACGCCCGAGUUCCUGGCCCCGGAGGUGCUGACGGAAAGCAACUACACGCGGGCAGUGGACUGGUGGGGCCUGGGGGUGCUCAUCUACGAGAUGCUGGUGGGAGAGUCUCCAUUUCCAGGAGAUGACGAGGAGGAAGUGUUUGACAGCAUCGUGAACGAUGAUGUGCGCUACCCGCGCUUCCUCUCUCCGGAGUCGGUGUCAAUAAUCCAGAAGCUGUUACAGAAGAACCCAGAGAGGCGUCUGGGAGCUGGAGAGCAGGAUGCUCAGGAGGUGAAGAAACACCGCUUCUUCCAGGGUAUUGACUGGGAGGCUCUGCUGGCCAAGAAGGUGAAGCCCCCAUUCCUGCCCUCCAUCAAGGGCUCGGCGGACGUCAGUAACUUCGACGAGGAGUUCACACGCCUCAAGCCCGUCCUGACUCCACCCCAGACCCCCUUCCUCCUCACCGCUGAGCAGCAGGACAUCUUCGCCGACUUCGACUUCUCGGCACUGCACUGAACGCUCAGGACUAAUCAGCUCUCUCUCUCUCUCUCUCUCUCGCUCUCUCUCUCUCUCUCUCUGCCUCUCUUAGCAGCUCUCUCUCUCUCUCUCUGUCUCUGGCUAUGCAGCUUGAGUUGUCUCGCUGUCCCCCCUUUAAAGCCGGUGGCAAAGCUGUGCUUUGAGCUCCAGUCGGCCCCUGCUCCCCUGCCGCUCCCUCUUAACCCUCCUCUGUCCACCACCAACACAGACUGGGGAGGAGGAGGAGGAGGAGGACGAUGAGGAGGAGCCAGUGAGGCGUGGAUGCCCGCACUGUGUAGCUCUGUGUUGUGCUUGUGAAAGCGACUGCCUGCUCCCACACCCCCUCUGCCCCCUCUCCCGAGUCCUGCCACCGUCUGCCCUGCCGCCAGCAGCCAGGAGAGGGACCCCCAGCACUGUGAGUCGCCUAGCGCUGAACGCAUCUCUCACCUGCUUCUCAAGGCUCAGCAAAGCUUCAGUCAGUCUGUCAGCCAGUCACUCUGUCUGUCUAUCUGGCUCUGUCCGUCUUAAUGUCUGUCCGUGUUCCAGCAGGUCAAGUCUAUGUUUAAGUCAGAGUUUUUUGUACAUCAGAAUGUCUGCGAUUUCCAUUCCUGUCUGAGCACUGGUUAUGUGCCCUUAAUUUGAUGAUUAGAAUGUUUUACUCGAUGAUAUAUCCUUUUGGUCGUUCACUGUUGACCAUUUUGUUUUUAUACAAAACUGACAACUGAGAGGAACUCGACUGUGCAGCUGACCUAAAUGUCUUCCUCUAGCAAAAAUGAUGCCAGAUUGAUAUUUGCACUUUUUAAAACGUCAAACCUUCUUCGUUGGGUUGCGUUCACGCAAAUGAAGGACCAUUUGCUAAGCUCUAAGCUUUAAGCGAUGAAUUCAGUCUGCACGCCCUGCAGAAAUGAGCUGUGCUGUUGACCGUGCUGCCGUUGCCGCCAUCACUUAAGAGUGGCAGGCAGCGUGCGAGUUCUCCUGAGAGUGAUCGCUGCUCAUUGUAGCAGGGCCUGGAGUCACGUGACCCGGCCUCGCCGCGCUCUGGACUCCUCUCUCCCGCGGUGCCCCAGGCUGCGCUGCGUGAACCACUGACCUGAUUAUGGUUUAAGGCACGCCGUUCAGCCUGACGAAUUUGACCUGACGUCUAAACAGAGACCGGCAGACAAGUUCUUUGCACUCUGAAAACACUACUGAAGCCUACAUUUGUACACUUGAGUUGGGUCAUGUUUGUGAGUGUGUUGUAGUCCUCAAAUCCAUGCAGUCACUGGAUGGGUUUAGGACGAAGUUACUUUGUAAUGCUCAUUGAAGGCUACUGUCCGUAUUAUAUGUCUAUUUAAGCCUUUUGUGGCAUACUUUUUGAAGUAUAGAAAUCUUAUGAAAAGCCAGUGAUUUUUCUUCUUUUUUACCAGCCUUUAAGUCAUGCUUUGGGUAGAAAAUAUUAUGUUAAUGUUUAUUUAAGAUGGAGAUGGUAUGACCUGGGUUGAGUAUGGAAGGGUUUUAGUUCAAGCAGAUGAAGUGUACUAAACUCUAAGGAUGCUACAGUAUUCUAUGUGUGUCAUUCUAAUGUCUGUCUAGAUGUUGUAUGUACUAAGACCCUACGUGAUUUACUACUGAUGUAAGUCAUACUGUGAACACGUAAAAGCAUUAUUGUACUAAAAAUGAGACUUUGUCCUUUAUACAUUCAACAUAAUGAAAAUAUAAAUAAAUAUGUGAUUAUUGCAGAUACAUGAAGGGGAUGAAUGUAUUUUCACAAAUAAAACACAUCUUGAC